UAAUGAGAGUAGCGCUUAUAGUUGUUGCCUGUCUGGGCAGCUUAACCUGCAGCCUAGCCAGCAGUUUAGAGCAUGCUCAGGCACUGGGUAGCUUUGAGGAUGCAGCGUUGCCGCUAAUUGAGCUGUCCGCCAACAAGUUGCCCCAGAAUGUUAACUGGACGGAGUUACAUGCGGUUACGCCUGUUACAAAUCAAGGUCACUUUAACAACUCCUGGGCCUUUGCUGCCGUCGGCGUCGUUGAGAGUCGCAAAUUCAUACAGAAAGGCAAAUUAGUGCCGCUCUCGGCGCAGAACUUGAUCGAUUGCUGCCAGACACACAAGAGGCGCAUCUCGACGGCUUUGAAAUGCAUCCAGGCGAAAGGCAUUAAUACCGCCAGCAAAUAUCCCUAUCGUGGUCUAGCUGGCAAGUGUCGCUUUAGCAAAUUAUUGACUUCGGUUACCAAAAUUAAGAAGAUGGUCAAAGGGGCUCGCGGCAGUGAGACUAAAUUAGCUGCUGAUGUGUACAAAGGUCCUGUGGCUGCUGUAAUUUCCAGCACUGUGAUUGCAAACUACAAGUCCGGCAUUUACUUUAAUCCAAGCUGCGGUCGUACGGCAGACUUGCCCGUGCUAAUUGUGGGCUAUGGGCAUAAUGCCAGCUAUGGCGACUAUUGGCUGCUGAAGACAUCCUUGGGCACUCAGUGGGGUGAGCGAGGCUACAUGAGGCUGGCGCGCAAUCGAAACAAUAUGUGCGGCAUUGCCGAUGAUACCUAUUAUCCUACUUUCUAA